CACCCUUGGAGGGGUGUCCUGCCCCCACCUGAGCCGCUCCAUCCACAGCGAGCCUUCCCCCGGCCCAGCCCCAGCCGCCCACACGGGUUCCUCCCGAUUCACCCUCCACGCUCCCGGCAGCCGCGGUCACUCGCCGGGCUCCCGUCCCGGGACGCGGGCACAGCUCCGGGCCGGUGCCACCAUGGAUGCGCUGCUGCUCCCGGGGCUGCUGCUGCUGCUGCUGCAGGGGCUGCUCCUGCUGCUCCCGGCAGCGCUGCUGCUCUACCGGCACAGCCCCGCCUGCCAGUACCUCUGCAAGAUGGCUUUGUUCCACUGCUGGAUCGUGGCCACGGCCACCGUGCUGUCGCCCUUCGCCGCCUUCCGGGGACGCUCCGUGGAGAACAUGAAGCUCCUGCGCGCCGCUCUCCUGCCCCUCAAGCGCUUCUACGGGAUCCGUGUGCGGGUCAGCGGCUCGGAGCGGCUGCGGCUGCCGGGACCCUUCGUCAUCGUCUGCAACCACCAGACUUCCCUCGACCUCAUAACGAUGGUGGAGGUGAUCCCUGAGCGCUGUGUGCCCAUCGCCAAGCGGGAGCUGCUCUACCUGGGCACGGUGGGCUGGGCGUGCUGGCUCAGCGGCAUCAUCUUCAUCGACCGCCACCGCAGGGACGCGGCCAUCGAGGUCAUCUCCCGCACGGCCAGCGCCAUGCACCGCGAGAACCUCCGGGUGUGGGUGUUCCCGGAAGGCACCAGGAACCCGGGCAAGGCCAUGCUGCCCUUCAAGCGUGGGGCUUUUCACCUGGCYGUGCAGGCCCAGGUCCCCAUCGUCCCCAUCGUGGUUUCCCCGUACCGUGACUUCUUCAGCGCCCGGGAGAAGCGAUUCACCUCCGGCACCUGCACCAUCCGCGUCCUC